AUGCCUAUGAUAUGGAACGCCGAAGCAGACGCCAAGCUCUUCCUCGGCGUCCUAAACCAAAUCAGGGAUGCAAAUGUGAAACUCGACACCAAGAAACUUGCCGAUUUCAUGGGCCCCGACUGUAUCGCUGGGGCUGUACAGAACCGCCUGGUCAGACUCAAGCGGAAGGCCGAAGCCGAUAUGAGUGGUGCGGUCUCUGCUUCUCCUGCGGCGGACGGUACUGAGACCGCUGCUGGGACUGUGGAGGCAAAUGGUGGAGCAGGUGAGAUCUCUACCGGAUCUCCCAAGAAGAGAAAGGCGGCGCCUCGUAAGCAGAAGGGAGAUGAGACCCCUAAGAAGGUGAAGACUGAGGAUGACGAUGAGGAUAUGCUUUGA